AUGAAGGACAUUAUUAACGUUCAAAAGUAUAUUCCGACUGGCGGUGGGCUUAAAUUUUUCUCGGUGUUUGUACGUUUUGUUUGGAGUAAGGUGGUGAUGUCGAGCAAGGGGGAGGACACAAAUGAAGGGCCAAAAGUCAAUCCAUAUAAGAUGGGGACCUACGAUAUAGUGCGGAUGAGGAUAAAUAAGCUCAUGGAAAAACCUGAUGUCCCUGUUGUCAUCCCAGAAUCUUCUAGAAAAAAAGAGCCUAAAGCCCCUCCUGAAUUUGUUAGAAAUGUAUGGGGUUCUGCUGCUGGUGUUGGCAGUGGAGAUUUCCAUAUUUAUCGUGGUAUUCGUCGAAGGGAAUAUGCUCGCUUGGAAUUCAUUGAGCAAGAAGCCAAAGAGAAAGCCAAAGCUGAUGCAUUUAUUGCCGAACACGAGGCGAAGAAUCGUGCUCUUGAAGAAAAGCGAGCAAAGAAGCGAUCUAAGAGGCAAAAGCGAAAGGAAGCUAUGAAACGUAAGCGAAAAGAAGAUGGUAAGCGAAAAGAUUCUGAUGAAAGCAAUGAUGAAUCCGAUCAAGAAGUAGAAGCACAAUCCCCCCCACGUUGA